AUGACACCCUCGGAGGGUGGCUCUGGCUUCGCGGCCCUGCCCCCAUCCACCGCCGAUCAGAGCCAUCCAAGCGACGUCCUCCCCGCGGGUGCUCCCGGCCUGUCUGGCGGGGACGUCAGGAUUCGGCGGUCCGGAGGCCGUCGGGAGUUCCCCGCACUGUCCGAUGUUGCACACCGAGGGCCAGUCCCCGCUGCGGUGAACGGUGAUUGGGGUAAUUCGGACCACCUGCCCAACGCCCGGCCAGCUCAUGGAGGCACUAGGCUACCCGGACCACAGCUCCGGGGCCCAGCAGCCGCGGCGGGAUCGGUGCCCGGCCACGGCGAUCGGGGUGGAUGGGGCCGUGUCCUCCCGGGGCCUCGUCACUCAGCAGCAACGCUCGGCUUCCGCGGGGCAUCGCAGCUGGGCGCCCUGCCAGGUCAUUCUGACGCCGGUCAUCAACUCGGGAACCGUCGCUGGAUGGAGGCAGGCGAUGGGCUUGGGCAUCGGCAUCUGUGCGGCAAUCUGCCGGCGCCGGUUGAGUAUGGGGGCUUGAGCUAUGAUCCAGGGCGGAAUGGAGCCCAUGGCGACACUGGUGGGAGAAGGGCUCGGCUCAAUUGUCCGUCAGGGCUGUACCAGGAAGGCCCAUCUAUGUGGCAGGAAUCCGCUCAUGCGAACGGGCAAGGCGAGCGUAUGGCAGAGGGGGCGGCAAGUGCAGUGUUCCACCCGCCCUCUGACCCGGCACACCAGCAUAGGCCAUGUCCACGCCCCCAGUGCGCGGGAUGGGACACAGUGAGCACAGGCACACAUGCUCCUUACGUCUCUCAUCAUUCCUUGGACGUGCACAAUCCGCAUCUAGGGCUUCAUGCGCCUUUUCCUGGGCAUGGCGAGACGCCCAGAUUUCCUGGCUACAGCACUGGUGUGGGGAAUUGGCACCAGAAUGUCCAAGGUUCACUAGGACAUCUAGCAGGCUGUCCUGCUGGCAUGAUGUAUGGAAUGGUAAACGGAUCUUGGUGGGAGGGACAAUCAGGAUCGGGUAUGGCAACUGGCGCAAGGAGAGGGGCAUGGAAUGAGGGUGGCUACAACUCGGCCUGUGAGCCCGCGGUUCCAAUAGGGCAACACUGCUGGUGGCAACCUGGCAUGAUGGGCAGUACGGUUCCCUUGCCUCCACCUCCGCAGUUUCGGCCCCUUGACAGCAGCUGUCCUUCCCGCGGUAGGGAGUGGCCAGACUCUGAAAGGAAUGUGGACUCUAGACAUCAUGGGAUGCACGUGGAUACGAGCUGGUUGGAUGCAACGCACAGAUACUUGUGCGAUAUCGAGUUCGAGUUGAGGGCACAAAUGUCUGGAGGCAUGACUGAUGAAUCACAUUGGGAUAACCUGCGGCUGGCAGGUGCAGAUCCUGAGGCGUUGUUGCCCAUCGAGCUGGCAAUGCAGGAUUUGCUGGAUUUUGAGGCAGCCGACGGCUUGGACGCGGAGCAGUUCGCCAGGAUCAUGGAAAUCACGGUGGGCAAGGAGCUGACGAUCGACGACCUGACGUCUCUCAUGGACAGAGACACACCGCAGUGCUGCAUCUGCAUAGAGGGCUUCCGGGAUGGGGAGAAGGUGCGCGUGCUCCCAUGCAACCACCAGCACAUGUUCCACACCAGUUGCAUCUGGGGCUGGCUGAAGGAGCACCACGAGUGCCCCAUCUGCCGAGGGGACCUCAACGUGCUCAUGGAGCUGUUGGACGCUAGGCAGCAGUGGGCUGCCCCAUCGACGAUUCAGACGCCUGCUGAGCCAGAUGCAGAGCUGGGACCUCAAGAGCAGAUUGCAGACAGUGCCGCCUCCAGCCAUGAGGAUGAUUCCUGUCCGCCGGAAUGGCAUUUGGACACCUGGAACCAAUCCAAAUUCGGGUUCCAAACGUGCCCAUCCGUGGGAACGGCACAGGCGACAUCCGCCGGUCUCUUUGGGCAGGGCCAGUGGGGCGAGCAGGGGGCCCAGGCGGGGCCCUCCACGCCCUCCAAGCCCCCUCCCGCACCGCAGGCGGCGGACUCCAAGCCCAAGGACGCCAAGUGGCCCCCGCCGGGGAGGUCCGGGGAGCCUGCGAUCCUGCGCCCUCGCCGCAGCCUGCCGCUCACGGACCCAGCGACACUAUCCGACGCUGUCGCAUCGACCGACGACGGGCCGGACGGCAAGCUGGCCGGCGGGCCGAUCGACAGGAGCCGUGUCUCUGCCCCGCGUACUUCCGGACGGGCGCAGUGUGGGGACGGGGCGGCCCACACUGCACUGGACGACUCUCUUUGCGCGCCUGACUCCGCCCCGGUCGCGCCAGUUGCAGGCUCCGAGGUCCCGCCCCUUUGCGGAGGACGGGAGGAGGGCUGUGCGGUUGUGGAUCCGGCCUGUGAGCUCGAUCGCGGCUGCCUGUCGUUCAGGGACCCCGUCGUGGCCGGGCCGCCUCGCGGGUCGCACAACAGGGCGGUGGGCUCCCCGGUGGGGCCGCAGCCACCGGGCGGGGGCUCGACGGGAUUGGCAGGCGGGGCGCCGCGGGCCAAGGGGCUGAUGCGGCACCUGUCCGCGGACGCCGGCGGCUUUGUGACGGCCGAGGAGCGGGCGCCGUGGCGGGCGCUGGGCGGGGAGGGGGUCCGCGGGCUGGAUCCGGGGGACCACGGGCUGGACGGCGGGGGCAAGGUCGCCUGGGGGGCCUGA